AUGGGGGCGGGUCGGAUCCUGGGGGCCGGGAGCGGCUGGGCUGGGGCUCUGCUAGUGACACUGGCGAUGCUGAGAACCCACCUGGCUCAUUGCACGGAGCCCCCAAAGCGGUUUGUGUUCCAGUUCAAGGGUGACUGUCACUUCACCAACGGCACCGAGCGGGUCCGGCUCCUGGCCAGGUGGAUCUACAACCAGCAGCAGUUCGUGCACUUUGACAGCGACCUGGGGCUGUUCGUGGCGGACACGGAGCUGGGGCGGAGCUGGGCCGAGGGCUGGAACAAGGACCAGGCGUUCCUGGCGCAGAAGCGGGCUGAGGUGGACACGUACUGCCGGAACAACUACAGGGUGGACACGCCUUUCACCAUCGACAGGAGAGUUCAGCCCAAGGUGAAAGUUUCCCCCAUGAAAUCGGGGUCCGGGCCCCACUCCCACCUGCUGGUUUGCUCCGUGACGAGGUUUUACCCCGGGGGGAUCGAGAUCAAGUGGCUGAAGAACGGG